GAGGUGAGUAGUUAUAUUUUACUAACCAUAAAAAAGGCCAUCUCUAGAUUAAAAUUGAUCCAAAUAAGACCACGCAACAAACAAAAUCAAAUGGGAAUCAUUCAAUAAGCGAUACAAAGAAUAAAACUAAAAACGCUGUAAAAAGUAAAACGAAAAACCAAGCGAACCUUAAUGAGUACAAAUGUCAUGUUUGCGGCGUAGCUGCAUCAACUCGAUUCAACCUAAAACGUCACAUUUCUCGGUAUCACAAAAAAAGAAGAUGUCGCGAAAGCGCAAGACGGAAAUUGCAUUUGCCUGGAGUGUGGUUAUAGGUGUCGAUAUAUUACAGACCUAAGAAAACAUUUACACAAGCAACACUUAAAGGUAUUCCGAACAGAAAGACUCACUUUUGAUGACAAUUCUGGUAAAAGAUGUUUCUUUAGGUGACUUGUAAAUCCUACUUUAGCAAUUCGGUAUAAUGUGUGUAAACAUUAUUCUUUCCGUAGCAUUUCAAACGUGGAAAGAUGAUACUGAAACAUCAAAUCAUUGCAGUUUUGUUAUACUCUCGGGGAAAGUCAAAAACAAACAAAAUGAAGCUCAACAGUAUUACCAAUGUAAUCGGUGUGGACAACACAAACCGAACAGAAAAGGAAAAAGACGCGUUAAGAUGUCAGGAACCUGCAAAAUAGAAAGAAAUUGUACCAGCACAAUCAAAGCUACUUUUCACGCUGACGGUAAAGUAACGGCAGACAUAUGCUGCACCCACUAUGGCCAUGAAAAAGAACUAGAACAUACAUGGAUACCAAAGUCUAGCAGAAAUAGUAUUGGAUCCAAAUUACAACAGGUAAAUUAUAGCGCCUUUACGCACUAGUGUUUUCCCUUUUCUGGAGUAAUAUCGCCAAGUUUAUGUUUAUUAUUUACAGGGUGUUAGGCGGGAUAAAUCCUGAGCGAUAUUAGAGAAACAGUUAUAGAUGACGGACUACACAGAAUCCAUUUGACUUCAGCACAAGAUCUUGAAAACUUGAAAAGAGCUUUUCAAAUAAACGACAUUCAGCGUCACGUCAAUGACCAGGAAAGUGUUUUGUCUUGGAUUCAGCAAUGGAAAUCCGAUCCGUACAACCCUGUGCUGUACUAUAAAAUGCAAGGAGAAGAAAACAAGAAAAAAAAAUUAAAAACGGAUGAUUUUAUAAUAAUUAUUCAAACGGAGUCUCAAAAGUAUGUGUUUCAGCGAUUCGCCAAGAACGGAUUGUGUUGUGAUUCUACACAUGGAACAACAGGCUAUGAUUUCGUUCAUUAGUUCUUAACGAUCAGCAUAUUUUUGUUUAGUGGAGAUAUUGAAAGAGACGUGGAGUUGCAGCAUAUGUACAAAAAGCAAGUACUCCAAUAUGAUAAUGUGUGAUACAUGUCAACAAUGGUUUCACUGGUAAAUUUUAGAUCGCCUACGAUUGUCAUGUUUUUGUAUUUAAAUUAUGAAAAAGUAAUAGUUACAUUUAUAUUUUAAAAUGUUUCAAAAUCUCAUGCGAAAAAAGAAUGGUUUUGCAAGAAAUGUCAGCAAAGAACAUGAAAAACUAUACUUCUUACUUUAUUUUAUUUUAUUGUACAUAUAUGCUUUAGGUAAUAUUUGGUUAUGUUAGGUUUUUUUAGUAUUUUUUUACCUGCUUGCAAUUGAUUAAAAGAAGAAGAAAAUGUUUUACUGUGUUUUAAUACAUUUUACAGCAGUAGAAUACUUACUAUCACAAAAACAUAUUUGUAUUCA